GGGCCGAGUCUGCGCAGUAGAGGUUGAUAAGAAUGACCUGUCGUUUCUGGAGCUGAUGAAGACUUAACCCAAAUUUGGUUUUCACUUUCGAUUCGUGUUGGAGAGCCAUGGCUGACUCCGAGGCUGCAGAGAACCAGGCUUUCUGCCUGGAGGAAGUGCUCGACACUUUCAGGCUGUGUCUGUCGCAGGACAAAGAGGUUUAUCUGGAGCACUACGUCGCUGGAUGGCGGGGUCUUAUAAAGUUUCUGAACAGCUUGGGGAGCGUCUUUGGCUUCAUUUCUAAGGAUGCCGUGAACAAGAUCCAGAUCCUGGUGUCCUACCUGAACGGAGAGAGCGGUUCUCACUACGUGACGGUGCAGUCCAUGGUGACGUACGAGCUGCAGAACGAGCUGGUGGACCUGACCAAGCGAGGCAGCCACCCGGAGUCCGGCUGCCGCACGCUGCUGCGGCUGCACCGCGCGCUGAGGUGGCUGGAGCUGUUCCUGGAGCGGCUCCGCACCAGCACGGAGGACGACAAGACGUCAGUCAUGUGUGCGGAGGCGUACAACGAGUCCCUGGCCCAGCACCACCCCUGGCUGGUCCGGAAGGCUGCGGGGAUGGCCUUCUGCGUGCUCCCCGGACGCCCCGCCUUCCUGGAGGUCAUGAACGUUGGCUCCCCCGAGCAGGUGGUGGCCAUGCUGGGGGAGGCCCUGCCGCUCAUCUCCGAGGUUUACCAAGUCACAGAGGAACUCUACUCCAAACAUAACCUACAUGAAUUACCAUAGAGAGGAAGGAGUCAUGUAGUCUACUUCUGAUUGUAAUUAAAUACAUGUAACUGGUGAUCAAAGGUGUGCGUUAUGUCCCGGUGUCAUUUCUGAACUUUCAACAUUCCAAUGUUUCGAUGCUGCAUGCUUAUCUUUGUCUCAAUGUAAUGCACUUUUGAAUGAUCUUUUAAAUGAACUGUUUACUUGUAGCUUUACUUUUCCAUUUAAUAAAUGAGGGGUGUGACAACGGGGUCGCUGACAACUAAAGACUGUUCUUUUUAUACAUGACUGUCUUAGAACAUUAGAAUAUUGUGAUAAAGUUCUUUAUUUUCUGUAAUGCAAUUAAAAAAAAUCUGGAUUCAUUACAAAUCAACUGAAAUAU